AUGGAAGAGGAAUUUCAGGAGCAACUGGAGGAUGUCUCGCACCUGCCGCUCGUGCAGCGGAUGCAGCACAAGCAAAUGGGCAACAAGGAGAAGGCGUGGGCUGAUUGCGCAAGUCUUCUCAAAGAGCUCCCUGAGGGCGAUCCCCAAUUCAAGGAAUAUUCAUCGCUCAUCAAGAAGACUCUUAAGGAAAAGAGCCCGAAAUCCAUCAUGCUCUCACUCUCUUGCCUCGAAGCUCUACUGCAAGGAUGCACGCUGGACGACUCAGAAUACAACGAUCUGUUCGGACACAUCUGUGGUAAUCUGCUGAAUCACGCCAACAAGAAUAUUGCGAGUCAGGCGCGCGACGCACUCAACAUCUGCAUAGAACGGGAACAGAACGACAAUCUGGUCGACGCCUGCGUCAAAGCCGCGACCUCAUCGAAAGUACCGAAAGUACACGAAGUCAAUCUGGCCUUUCUAGUACAAGCUCUGAAAGACUAUGGGCCUGGGGUCGUCAAUCUCCGAAAAGUCAAGCCCGUCUUGACGUUGGUGACUAGCGCAAACGGUAACGUUCGCAAUGAAUGCCGGAACCUCAUCAUGGAGAUGUACCGAUGGGCUAAGGACGACAUGAAACCAUUGUUAAAAGACUUGCCUGAAAAGAACCUCCCCAAGGAAUCGGAUUUCGAGGCGCUUAGAGACGAAAAGCCCGAAGCAGUCAAGUUCACCCGUGCCGUACAAAAAGCCAAGGAGAAAGCAAUUUCCUCGGGCCAAGACCCCGUUGCGGUCGUGGCCGCCUCGACGGUCGUCGAUUCGCUCGUUGAUCCCAUCGAUAUUUUCAAAAAGAUCCCAGGACUCAUGAAGCUGCUCCAGGAUAAGACAGAACUGAAAACAGCGCUGCCGAAGUUGAGACAGGAGCUCGAAGAAAACAAGCUUCUCGUCCAGUCUUUGAAUUACGAUGAAUUGAUAAAACUCCUCUUGAAUAUCGCCGUCAACGAAGCCAAGUUCAUGCUUUCGGUCGAGGCGUGCAAAUGUCUUGCUCAGCUGGGCACGAAAACGCCGAACAGCAUCGCAUCACAUUCCAGCAGGGGAAUACCCGAGCUCGUCAAGAGAGCCGGCUUCAGACAGAGGGCGCUGGUCGAUGCAUGCGGGAAAGCUGUCGACUCCAUGCUUCCGACAGUGAAGUUCGAAAAGUUGCUCGACCUCAUGAUUGAACUGCUCGAGGACAAGAAACCAGACAUUAUAAUGGAAGCUGGAGAGCUCAUUGCGAGAGCGGUCCCAUUGUGUCCGGCGAACGACUGUCCCAAGAAACUCCCAGGAGGUCUGGUCGUCGCUCUGGGCAAGGCGUUCGCAUGCAGUAAACCCGAAGCUCGAGAUGCCUCCAUGAAAGCGGCUGGCGCUCUACUUAAGCUGACCAACGACAGAGCUCUACAAGCUCAAGUCGAAAAGCUGGACAGCGCGAAGAAAAACAAGGUGAACGACUUCAAGGAAAAAUGCGUACUGGGCGGCGGCAACGGUAUUUCAGCUGGCGCAGCCCAGCCCAGAGAAAACCCAAAGGCAUCUGCAGCUACCGCGCGAAGGGUUCCGAAGAUUCCCUCGAAGGAAAGUGUCGCGUCCGACGCAUCCGAUCCGAAGGAAUCAUCCGCACCUCCACCACCUACCGCGGCUAGAAAACCAGCAUCCAGGACGGCUGUCAAGACGGCUACCAGGGCUCCGCCUAAAACGGCUACAGGUGGAGCUAAGAAGAAGACAGCUUCAGCCGCGCCGGUGAAGGGUGCCGGCAAGAAUCUAUUCCACGAAAACGUCUUCUCGGACGAAGAUCUCAUAUGUCAGCUCGAAGGCGUCAUGAGCGACGCCGUGAAGAGCCAAAUCGCUGAUUCCAACUGGAAAACUCGAUUGGCUGCGUGCGAGGAGCUGCAGAAGUCUGUGACUAGCCUGCCCGACGGGAACAUUCCGGUCCAAGCCCUGACUCGAGCUCUCACCAAGAAGCCCGGGCUGAAGGAUAGCAACUUCCAAGUACUUAAGGUGAAAAUAGAAAUCCUCUCGGACAUCUUCGCUCGGGGCAACGUGUCCUUGCACACCGUCGACGCCUGCAAGGCCGACCUCGCUGAGAAGCUGGGAGACCUCAAGAACUCUGCCGUGGCUGCUCAGGCACUAAUGAGUCUCGCUGAAGCCACUUCGCUUGAUCUGGUGUCCACACAGGUUUUGGAGGCGGCCUUCGCCCAGAAAAGUCCCAAAGUUCAAUCGGAAGCCUUGAACUGGACCGGACAAGCGAUCAAAGAGUUCGGUUUCAAGGUGCCCGCCAGGAGUGUCAUCGAAACGAUGAAGACAGCCUUGGGGGCCAGCAACCCAGCGGUGAGAACUUCGGCGGUGAAGCUCUUCGGAGUGAUGUAUCUCUACUUGAAAGCACCCUUGAGAGGUUUCUUCGAAAAUGAAAAACCCGCGGUCCUAGCUCUUCUCGACCAGGAAAUAGCCGCGGUCCAGGAUCAAACGCCCCCGGCCCCUGUCCGAGGAGUCAAGAACUCCGAGUGCGACGAAGGAGACGACCGGGCCGAUGCGGGUGCUGAAGAAACCGUCGAAGAAGUGGACGCAACUGAUCUUCUGCCUCGAACAGAUCUGAGCUCCAAACUCCAGGGCGCAAUCAUCGCCGAAAUGGGAGACAGCAACUGGAAGGUGAGGAUGGAGGCCCUGACCAAAGUGCAGAGCAUCAUCAACGAAGCGAGCGCGAUAACUCCCGAUCUCGGAGAGCUGCCGAAAGCUCUCAAAGCUCGCAUCGCCGACACGAACAAGAACCUCGCGACGAGUGCCAUCAAACUCUGCCAAUCGCUGAUCGAAGCCAUGGGUCCUCACGGUAGCAAACACGCGCAACUUUUCCUCCCGGCCGUUAUGUCGGCACUGGCGGACUCCAAGGUCUCGGUUCGGACCGCUUCCAUCUCGUGUCUGGACAAAUGGUUCGAGAUCUGCAAAGAUCCAAUGAAUCUCUUUCUGGACGGCGACAAGAUGAGCGACGCCCUGAAAACAGAGAACCCGUUCCUCAGGAGCGAUCUGCUCGAUUGGUUCGCCGCGAAACUGGACGCCCAUAAAGGCAAACUGAACAAAGAGUUCCUGAACACUUGCAUCAGUCCAGUGUUCUCGUGUCUCGAGGACCGAAACGGCGAAGUCAGGAAAAAGGCUCAGGCUUGUCUUCUGCCUCUGGGCAAACACACGGGCUUCAACGCCCUGCUUUCGAGAUGUAACGCCUUGCCGCCCUCUAGCAAGGGCACUAUAGGCAAACAUCUCGAAGCCAUCAAGGGCGAUUUGAUGAAAUGUCAAGCGCCCCCGCCUUCGGCCGCGCCCCCUGCGCCAGCUGCGGCUAAAGUUCCCGAGAGGAAGCCGCUGGGGACGUUCACCCGCAAACAUUCGAACCUGACGAAAGCCAGAGACAUUGAAACCGAAGACGAGACGUCGCCGCAGAAAGAGGAGAAACGAUCGGGGAGGAAGGGCGAGGAAGAACUCAACCCGGCUAUGUUGUUCGCCGGUAGAGACCUUCGACAACCCGCCACACGGAAAGAUCCCUUGAUGCGUUGGUACAUUCACGACACCAAGACCUUGGAGAAGGACAAGCAGGAGCUGCUGGGUGAACUUAAACGGAUGUUCGAGAUCGCUGGUGCCAGCACUCAGUGCAUCCAGCUUUCCUUCUCGGAGAUGCUUCAACACCAUCAGAAAAUCACCGACAUCUGGAUCCAGGCACUUCGCGAUGAGUCUACGCAGGAUUUGAUCCUGGCGAACCGCGACCUCAUAAUUCGUUGGGGAGCGGUGCACUGCUACGAUAAGAACUGGAUGACGAUCAAUCACUUCAUGCGUUUUCUCCUGGAACUGUUCCCAAUCAUGGAGGAGAGGAACAUCUCGCUCGAAGUCGUCGAAGUCAACAUCCUUCUGCCGAAUUUCUUCUCAAAAUUCGUCUCGAUGACGGCGCAAAGUCAGGAACUAGUCGAUAGCGUCAUGAGAUCCCUACCGACGGUGUGCAAGUCGUCCCAGAUCUUCCUCAAUGUCUCGGACAUGCUGAAAAACCAGAAGAACUUCAAGCUGGCCAAAAACAUGAUCGACGAGAUGAAUAAACUGAUGGAAGAACACCGAGAGGAGAUCAGACGACUACCGAAUCUCCGAGUCAUCGUGAAAUCAUUGUCCGAUUUCACUAAGCAAGCGAACAUGAAAGAGCUCUGCCUCAGAACAAUCGCUGAGCUGUGCUACAUCAAGGAAGGACAAAAAGAUCAGAGAGAAAUGAUGCGAGAAAUAAACGAUAAGGAUCGCGCAUCGGUCGAAAAGUACAUGACGAAGAUCAAGGAGGAAAGACCCUCACCGUCACAGAUGAGAGAAGCUGUCACCGAGCCUUCGUCUCCGGCGCGUCACCUGGCUAGACCUUCAGCUGGGGGUGGCGGCGGAGGUGGCACUCUGACAUUCAACCGGACCGUGGUUCGAACCUCGGCCGGUGGUCGAGGGAUUCCGUCACCUCGAGGAGCACUCCAGUUCUCACCGAGGGCUACCGCACAGUAUCAGCUGGACUUGAAUGCUGUCAACAAUAAUGAAGCGCCGCCGUCGGGCGGCAUCGCGGAUCCCUGUGGCACAUUUGUUCGCACCACAAGCAACAACCGAUCACCUUUGGGUCUUUCACGGACCAUCAGGCAACCAUCGGCACCGGUGCGGGCGGCUUAUGACGCAGAAAACUUCGAGCGUAUAUCACGCAUGGCAGAUAUUGCUUUGAAGAAGGAAGAAACGACGCGUGCAUACAGCGGAAGAAUCACCAAGCUCCCUGCGAGCAUCUCUUGCGCUCCGCAGACUGGUCUGGACGAGCACGUGAUUGCACGCAAACUCAACUGCACCGCCAUCGAAGAUGUUAUUCUCGCCGGCCAGCAGAUUUUAAUGUCGUUACAGAGCGCCGACACGGAAACCGAACUUCCCGAUGUGAACGAGCCUUACAUCAACUCGUUGUUCUCGAAUGUGGGUCAGCAAUGGAAUACGGUGCUCACGCUCUACAUCCCCGAUGACACGUGCAGGGAGGAGGACAUCCGUCAGGUUAUUCGCACACUCGGAGCGUGCGUCUACGCAGUGAUAACGACAGGAUCCUACGCGAAACUGGCCAGCCAGUCCUCCUUGGAGUCUCUUCUCCCACCGGCGUUCCAAUUGCUCUCUCAUGAAUUCUUGGAGAAGUUCUGCAAACCUGGUUCUAGUUCAUCGGAUGUGCAGAAGCUGCUCAACGACAUAAUUGUUAAAUCGCUCGACAAGAGCAACGCAACACGAGUCACGUGCGCCCUCCUCCGGAUGUACACGGACCGAGUUACCCGCAAGCUACACGAACAGGAUCGGAAUUCCAGAACCUGUCUUGAUCUGAUGACAAAGUGUCUCUGGAAGCUCGUCCGACACUGGAAGCAGCACCUCCCGGAUGACCUGGAGGUCCUGCCUGUGCUACGAACGGGUGAUGACUGUCUAACGGCCUUCGCGGCGUUGCCGGUCAACGCUUGCGACGUCGAUAAAGAGUUGCGGACGGUGAAGAGUGUCAUCAGCGAGCUCUUCAAUCACCAUGAGAACAGGGUCCUGGAACAGACGAUGACGCACUUCGUUCCUGACAGCGAAGUGUACAAAACGGUGAUGAGGGCGAAGCGCAACAAGGAACGCUGCUUCAAGCAGGAUAAGGAUCGGACCCGCUUGAAGCAACUGAUGACUAGGUUCCAGGAAACUGGCGAUCUCGAGGAGCUUGUCAUCCACAUCUUGGUCGAAGAUAUUCCUCAAGAUGAAGUUUCGCGUCUCUGCCAGACCUCGGACCAGCACGAAGCAAUAAAACAAGUUUACCGUGAACUACCGAAUAUCACCAAAUCUAUCGAAGCGAAAGGCUUCCCGGAAAAUUUCGGCUACCUGUCUUCGGAAGCGGUGACCGAGAUCAUGAAG